CAGAAAAGUUGUCUUUGUUGGAAAUUCCUUGCAAUGUUAUCAUUUAUCAAAGAUGAUAUCAUUGUUAAGGGUGAUCCCUAUUCUUUCUUUCUUUGUUUAUUAAAGAAUCUCUCUGCUUUCCUUUUCAACUAGGUUCUUGUUAUUGUUAAUAUCAAUUGAAGUGUACUAGUAAUACUUCUAUUACUUUGUCUUUGUUUUUCGUGUUUGUAGAGUAUGCCCGUUAAGUUAUUUUUCAAAUUUUCUAAAUUGUUAUAGUAUAACAUUUCAGUUUACAGGAAACCACACCCUGUGUAUGGUCACCUCGGCAUAGUAGUUUAUCUUCCAUUGGGAUUCAUCUUGCUUCUCCAGAAGGAUACUCAGCCUAGUAUUGAAAGAUUAGUUCUCAUUAUUGAAGAACACGUCAGUUGCUGCAGAUUUUCUCAAGGGUUCGACACGAUAUUUUAUUGCUUGAUCAAUGCUGUUGGUGUGACGUGUGAGUUUAAGAAGCUAUACGAAGAUGGGGAGCAUCCAUCGCAAUGGUAUUCUGAGAAGACCAAUUGACAAUCACAGUGGUAUUCUGAGAAGGUCAAACGACGUUACAAGAAUUAUUACUUCAAUGUUAUUGGAGUUGUCUUUGGAUUCUUUGUUGGAAUCUCAUUUCAAAACUUUUCAGUUACCAAGCAGAUUAGCUUGCCUACCAGCCUUCUGUCCUCCAUCGAUGCAGCCACUAUCAAUGGCCGUAGAUCGGAGAGCACUACCCAAUCUUUCACACCUAAACUUGGUUCAGAUGAAAACAAAUCUUCUGGAACUUAUAGCUCAGGAGAUAGUUCAAAGGUAAUCCUUUUGGCUAUUGCCUUAUUUUUAAGAAGUUUGUUUAUCCCCAUUUUCACAAACCAUGCUACUGCAUGAGCCCCAACCUUAACCAUACUUUCGAGAACAACCUUUUGCCACCAACCCUUUGUAACUCUAGAAAAAGAAAAGGAGCCAUCUGCUUUAACCUCGUACACCUUCUUGUUUCCAGUUGAUUGCUUACUGUCAGGUAAUGGAUCACGCACCAAAAUUUUAACUAAACAAUGAAAACGUGAAUAUUAGAUGAACAUUGGUUAUCUUUCCCCCCUUUCUAAACAAGGAAACAAGGUUGUCAUUUUUUCUUCAUAAGAAUAAUAACUCCUCUUUGUCCCAAUACAU